GCUCCUCCGAUCUGAGGCACUAAGGGCCAUAAGAUGAGAAUGAUUGUGCAUUGUGGUGUGGUAGCUGCCCUGCUCCUGUCUGUGGCCUUGGCCGCCCCACAGGGUGACCAUGAGGGCCAUGACCACGGGCCCCACACAGCAGAACAUCACCAUCACCUCCACCAUGGAGAGGACGAGCCCCAUCCACAGCACGAGGGCCAACACAGCCAAAUGCUCAGUCAACCCAAUGCUGACUUUGCCUUCACUCUCUACAAGAAGCUGAGUGCUUUACCUGAACAGUCAAACAUCUUCUUCUCCCCACUGAGCAUAUCCAUGGCUCUGUCCAUGCUGGCUCUUGGAGCAAAGGGUGACACUUUCUCCCAGCUGUACGAGGCUCUUGGCUAUGCUGAAAUGACCCCCGAGACCGUCAAGGAGGCAAAUGAGCACAUGAUUCACAUGUUUGGUCAUACACAGGACGACCUGAAGAUUGAAGUAGGCAAUGCUAUUGUUGUUACAGAGAAAGCCAACGUCAUGGAUAAAUUCUUAGAGGACACCAAACACCACUAUGGGAGUGAGACACUGUCUGUGGAUUUCUCUAAACCUGAUAUUACUGUUCAAGAGAUCAACAAAUACAUAGCUCAACAAACCAACAACACGAUCACUGAUAUGGUGAAGAAUGUGCAUCCAGCCACUCUUAUGAUGCUAAUCAACUGCUUGUAUUUCAGAGGAGGAUGGGUACGAUAUUUUGAAGAAUAUCUAACUAAAAAAGAUGACUUUUAUGUGGAUGAAAACACUAAGGUGACCGUGGACAUGAUGCAAAGGAAAGGUUAUUAUAGAUUCUACGAGGACAAAGAGAACUUUACUACUGUGCUCGAGCUUCCAUACAAGGGCAGUGCAUCUAUGAUCAUCAUGAUGCCGGACGAGGGGAAGAUGAAGGAGGUGGAGAAAAGCAUGACCCAAGCCCAUUUCAAACAUUGGAAACAAUCACUGUCAGGAAGUACUGUGAUAGUUCAUGUCCCAAAAUUGUCCAUUUCUGGCUCAUAUUCACUGAAAGAAACUCUGGAAGGGAUGGGAAUGGCCAGUGUCUUCUCUGACACCGCUGAUUUUUCUGGAAUGACGGGUCACAAAUUGACCAUGUCACAGGUGGAACAUAAAGCCAUUCUCAAUGUUGAUGAGAAAGGCACAGAAGCAGCUGCCGUCACCUUGAUAAUGCUGAUGGGAUCUGCUCGUGUAGAACCAAUCAUCAUAAAAAUCAACAGGCCAUUCUUGGUCUUCAUCACUGAAAGUACCACCGACAGUAUCCUCUUCAUGGGAAAAAUUUCAGAUCCUACCUCUAAAUGAAUGUUUGAUUAGAACUAUUGCACAUACUUUCAUCAAUUUCAUCAUUAUGAUGCUAAAAAUAUUGUUAGUUUGAACUUUUUACAUAUAAUUGAAACAAAUAUUGUGAAAAAAUGGAUAAUGGAUAAAGGAUUGUUUUCUUUUUGAAUGUGCACUGUUCUGCUACAAAUAAAGUUGUUUCAAGAAGAA